GUAGCUCCAAACUCCACCACAAGCCAUCCAACCAAAUCACAAAGCAAACAGAAGAAGAAAAAGAGAUUCCAAAUUCCCUCAAUAGUCGUUCCACUCAAACAUCAACAGCUUUUUCCAUUUCGCUACAAAUGGCUCCUGAGAUCACACCAAUCGCCAACGGCACCCUGACCACCGCCGCCACCACUCUGGCGAAGCAGCCCAGCAUAUCCAAGUGCGCCUAUGUCACCUUCCUUGCCGGAAACGGCGACUACGUGAAGGGCGUCGUCGGCCUCGCCAAGGGACUCCGCAAGGCCAAGAGCAAGUACCCUCUCGUCGUCGCCAUCCUCCCCGACGUCCCCGUGGACCACCGCCGGAUCCUCGUCUCCCAGGGCUGCAUCGUCAGGGAGAUCGAGCCCGUCUCCCCGCCGGACAACCAGACCGAGUUCGCCAUGGCGUACUACGUCAUCAAUUACUCCAAGCUCCGCAUCUGGAAGUUUGUGGAGUACAGCAAGAUGAUUUACCUGGACGGCGACAUCCAGGUGUUCGACAACAUCGACCACCUCUUCGACCUCCCCGACGGCCACUUCUACGCGGUGAUGGACUGUUUCUGCGAGAAGACGUGGGCCCACACCCCGCAGUACAAGGUCGGGUACUGCCAGCAGAGGCCCGAUAAAGUCAAUUGGGCCGUCGACAAAAUGGGCCCGAAGCCCGCUCUCUACUUCAACGCCGGGAUGUUUGUCUACGAGCCCAGCCUGGCGAUCUACGACGAGCUGAUGAAGAAGCUGAAAAUCACGCCGCCGACUCCCUUCGCCGAGCAGGAUUUCCUCAACAUAUUCUUCAGGGACGUCUACCGGCCGAUUCCGAACGCGUACAAUCUCGUGCUCGCGAUGCUGUGGCGCCACCCAGAAAACGUCCAGCUGGAAAAGGUCAAAGUCGUCCACUACUGUGCCGCGGGAUCUAAGCCAUGGAGGUAUACAGGGGAGGAAGAGAACAUGGAGAAAGAGGACAUCAAAAUGCUGGUGAAGAAGUGGUGGGAGAUUUACGAGGACGAGUCGUUGGAUUACGGGAACUGGGUCGGGUCGGAGGCGGCAGCGGUGGUGAAUCCGGAGGCGGUGAAUGUGCAGCCGUUCCUGGCGGCAUUGUCGGAGGCUGGAGUUCUUCAUUACGUUACAGCGCCGUCGGCCGCGUAGGACCGGCGGGAUGAUUACGAGUAAAUUACUAGUGUGUUUUGUUCAAUUAAAUUGUUAAAGGUUAGAGCUCCGUGGAAUGGACGAGAAGCUUUUGGUUUUUUCCCCGUUGAGGAUUUUCAGCAGUUGCAUAGUUUUAAGGUGUGCUUUUUCUUUUUUUGAGGGAGUGGGCCAAGGAGACUUGAAUUUGGGUGGAGCCGUGGAGGAGAUUUUAAACCUCUGCUAAUCUUAUAGGAUCCAUUUCUGUUUUUUGGAUUUUUGGUUAAAUACUACAAUUACUAUUAAUGAAAGACAUAUAUUAUU